UUCACGUCUUCAAGCAGUGGAGCUGCAUGUGUAGCAGCAAAUGCGACCAAGGCGAAAGAGAAGAAAGACUGGCUACGCAUACUGAUGUGUGGGUGAACGGUGGAUGAACGGUGGAAGCGAAAAGUCAAGUGGAAAAUGCAAUCAAUACGGGGCGAGAGAAUGUUUCCAGCACUUGGGCGGUUGGGAGCAGGAACAUAUUUAAGUCUACCACAGUACUUCAACAUAGGAGCGCUCUUUCCAUGUCCUUGCGAGAAACAGGCUUUGAGCUGAUAGGAAAUGCAGAUGAUCGUCCAGUGUUCUUCAUGCAAAGGCAAUUGCUUCCAUCGUCUUCAAUAAUUCUACCGCCGAUCAACGCAAAUUCAUUGUCUUUCAUACGUCAAGGCGAACUAUGCGCCCCGCUCAGCCGUCUCGAAGCUCCACUUCCAUCGAAGUUGAUGCUUAGUGCGUGCCAUCUUCCAAAUCUUGACAACAUCUGUUUCACUUCAGCUCAACCCAGCAUCUUAGUCGGAAACGGUUGCGCAAUGCCGCUGAAACAAGCUUUACUGUCGGCGGGAACGUACUCAAGCUUUCCUGUAGGAUCUCAGUGCACAUUUCUGCUUUUUCCGAUUCAAUGUUUUGUUACCCUUCGUCAGCAUUCUCCAUUUCGUCUCACUCAAUGUUCCGUCUCGUCAGUUCGUUGCUCGGAAGCCAAACCUACGCCUUCUGGAGAUGGAUUACGCGUCUUGUUACAGGCCCAAGCAUCCGACUCACCAGGGACACUCAUCAAUAGACCGAAUUCAACUCCUCCACUCCACAUGCCCAAACCCCCUCAGAGCUCUGAGUUAUCAACAUUCGAAGAGCACGGGGGAAGAAAGUCCAGUCUAGAGUCGAACAUGAGUUGAGGAUGUCAUCUUUGCUUCACUCCAACGUUGUAAAAUCCUUGAGUAAACCAAGGAACGGUGUGAAGUCUCAUCUCAUGCGACUGACCUGGUACGAGGCUCAGUUCGUAUCGCCGGAUGAGGGUAACAAGUAUAAGUCGCAAUUCUUUCAAAGCAAAUCUACGAGGUUUCUAGACCCCGAAGAAAACGGAUGGAAAGCUUUCUUGUCAGCUUCCACAUCUUUGUACGGUUCUAGCCAUCUUUCCGGAAUGAAUUUGUCUGGAUCAGGCCAGACACGGGGAUCUCUCAUCAACUGGCCGACAGCAGGAGAUACAAUGGUCUA